AUGAUGUCAAACAGAGAAAACAUUGUAAAUGUAUCGACGAGUUGUCGAUUUUGUUUGGACGACGAUUCUGGGGAUGAGAUGAUCACUCCGUGUGACUGUCGGGGCACCGGAGCCAUCGUCCAUAAACACUGUCUGCUUCAGUGGCUCCGAUACACCAACACAUGCAAUGUGUGUCAAACAAAGUACAAACUCCAAGCCUGUGGUCUCGUAACGGCGGCCGUAAUUACACAUUUGAACGAUAUUCUGGUCGAUGUGACCACAAUCGCGGCGUUUGUCACUACAUAUUGUGCUUUCGUGUACAUAGCGUUCAGUCGACUUCGCUAUCCCGCCAGUGAUCAGGACUUUUCGGUGCCGACCAAACCAUUGGUGAACCAAAUACUAACGUAUGGCACCAUUUGUUUGGGUGCUAUCGUAUUCAUAAUAGCUGUCGAGAGUUUCGUCAAAAAGUUUCGUAAAUUAAUAGCCUUUUAA